GAAACAUGGAAGAGACUCGGGGAGUUGGAGCAGGAUCUGAAGGAUUCUUGUGAUUUCUGGGCGCCCUCCGAGGGAAAAAGGGGAGGAUGUCAUUGGAAUCGUCUUCCACAUCAGUGCCACCCUGCUUCCCUUCUGUGUUACCUUCAGUGCCUGAUGACAUUGCCAGCUCUUCCCCUCCUCCAAUGUCUUACAUCACUUCCCAGGAGAUGAAGUGUAUUCUUCACUGGUUUGCCAGUUGGUCAGGUCCCCAGCGGGAACGUUUUCUACAAGAUCUGGUAGCUAAGGCAGUGCCGGGAAAGCUACAGCCACUGCUGGAUGGUCUGGAACAGCUCAGUGUAUCUGCGGCAAAUCGACCACCUUGUAUCUUUGAGUGUCAGCUACGUCUUUGGGAUCAGUGGUUUCGAGGUUGGGCUGAGCAGGAGCGCAAUGAAUUUGUCAGGCAGCUGGAGGUCAGUGAGCCAGAUUUUGUGGCAAAGUUUUACCAAGCAGUGGCUGCUACUGCUGGUAAGGACUGACAGGCAUUCAGAUCAAGAAGAGAAUGACAUGUGAUCAAGCCAAGGCCAUGACUGUAGUAAUGAUUCAGUGCAAGUGUGUCACUUAAAGAUUCACCUGAACUGCCAGGGUAGUAGUGGUCCUUUUAUUCCAGCACUCAGGAGGCAGCCUGGUCUACAUAGCAAAUUCCAGGCCAGCCAGCACUACAAAGUGAGACCUUGCCUUUAAAAAAAAUUUUUUUGCAUGAACUUCCUGUUGCGUGCUAGCACUGUUUUUGCCCUAGCAGUAUGUCACCUGGACUCUCUUUUAGCAUCUCUGAUUAUUUAUAGGAGAUGUCUAAAUCUCAAUUUAAUGACUGCUUUUGUUACUAUAACUAAAAGGAACCAGUAUCUUGUAACUCAAAGUCUACAGCUGACCCAGAUGUGACUGGUUUUGCCACAUUUACCCAAAGCGAGCAUAAUUAUGUGAUUUCCCAAUUGCUGAAUUUCCCAGCGAUGAUGUAAUAAAAUUAAGGAAAAUUGAGAGAAAGAAAUAAUUACUGAUUAUUCACAUUGUUUGACUCCAAGCAGCAAUGAAAAUCAGGAAAGUGUUAAAUAAGAACAGCCUUUUCUAAAGCAUAGGCGGCGGCCUUGGGGCUAGUGGCAAAUGUUCCUGCUCUGCUGUUGGUCUGCUGCCAUCUUCACAAAUUAAACUAUUGAUUUGGGGGAGAGGGUAUCAAAAUAAAGACUGGAUCUUCA